AUGGCGUGGGAGCCCACGGGGGCGAUCAUCGAGCGCCGGAAUUCUGGGUCAAACGGCGGGGGGGUGGGGCGGGGAGAAGGCGUGCUGGAGGACGGGUCAGUUACGGAUGCCGCCGGGUUGACCGUACGGUCGUCGGAGGGCGAAGCCGCGGAGAGAGGUCGUGAAGGGACUGGAGAAGGGGGGCGGAUUGGCUGCGAGACUGGGGGGAGACUGGAGGGCCGCAAGCAGGCCAGGCAGGGGACGAUGGGCGGGAAGGAGGAGGAGGGGUGUGCGGGGCCGUCGGAUCGGCGGUGCGCGGCCGGCGGAGCUGGACCGGCCGGCGCCGGCGGUGGCGCUGGCGGGGAGACGACGAGUGGGGGCAAAGGAUCUGCCAAGAGAGAGCCGAAGGGCGGUCAGGAUUUGAAGGCGAGCACGCUUGUCAGCACUGCGAAGUUGCACCUAGAUCGGGACAGGCGGCCUGGCGAGGGUCUGCAAGGAUCUACCCUGGGUAGUGACCGUGCCAAGGUGGGCCACCCUGAGGCUCAGGAAUCUGAGGUUAAGCUACGGCAGAAGUGCGCCACAGGGACAACUGUGACCAGCAGCCUCGCACAGCAUCCGUCUGAUGGCAAUGGAAACCAAAUGGAGAGCGUAGUGGAGGUCAAGAGUAUUCACAUCACGAGGAUUCGUUUGGUAAGCGAUGACACCGAGUGUGACUGCAGCAAUACACAGCCAAAGGAGGGAUGUGGCUCAACCAAAGCCAGCUGCAAGGGGGAUGGGCCCUCAACUUCUGCCCAGCCACCCCCUCUGCCGGACACUGAAAGAAGAUCCAAAGCCGGGAGGUGUGGCAUCAAGCACCAUCCUGGGGUUCAGCUGAGCGUGCAUGAAAAAGGGGAUCAUCACAUCACGAUUGCACGGCCCAGUCUUACGGAAAAGUUGGUGAAAGUGUUUCAGCAGCAGUCAUCGUCUGUUGUGGUGGAUGGAAGUAAAGGGCCAACAAAGGAUGCGCAUAUGCAAGGCGCACACAUGGAACACAGGGUGCAAACAGUUCCUGGAACAAAGAAGGCCAAACCGAAGUUUUCAACCACGAACAAACCCAACGGGGUGUGCAAGGUGCCACCUUCAGGCUCCAAGCAGCGGACUUCGCAACAGAAGGUACACACAUCCAAGCAUUUGGCGAUUUCAAGCAAGACCUCGCAGUCAGUAACAAGCAACCUGGGCAUUAAGAAGCAGACAGUGUUCAAGGCCAAACCUGCAGUGCGCAAUACCAAGGAGCGGCAUUUCCCAAGGCAUGAAAGCUCAGGCACUGUUGGGAAGAAUAAAUACAAGGUGCCUGGCAGUGAAGCGAGCAGUUGCCAUCAAGCAGCAUCUGCUGCCAAGAUGCACCAGGCGUCCACACCCAAGGUGUGGCGUCCACAGCCAUCUGGGAGCCAUCAGUUAAGUUCGAGAACACCUAGUUCAUUGGUACCGUCCAUGUCAAGAGCCACCGAGAGUGACGUUACUGAACCCAAGCCCAGGACGGCUGAUGCUCAAGAACAGUGCCUCAGAAGCCGAUUGAAGCAAGCAAAGCAGAAUGCAGUUGCAAGGAGCGCCGAUGCCCUGGCAAGGAAGACAGACAUUGGGAAGGUGAGGUCGAAGGAGGGCACAAGUAAUGCUUCUGGUCGCAGCAGCUCCAACAGAUUGAAGGUCACUCUGAAGAGGCCGGGGGCCCCAAGUGUUAAGAGCAGCGCCCCAAGGACAGUGGAUGGCAGACCCCCGUCAGAUCUGGCAAGACAGAAGAUUACUGGCCAUCCGCAGUCGCCAGGGAAACCCAGGAAAGGGAAGCGUUAUCUCUUCAAGUCGAUUGCUAAGCCCAACAACAAGUCAUGCUAUGGCACUGCCACGCUGAUGGCCAAGAGACGAACAUCGAAGGGGGGCCUCCCACUGUCGCUGAUAGACUGCUUUCCGGAGAAGAACAUAAAGGCCCACAUUGCAGCUGUGAGGGCAAGUUCCUGGGACACGUUGACGCCCCCCACUGGAGGGCAGGAGGAGUGCUGCGUUUGCGGGCAACAGCAGCUCAGCUUCAAGCUGUUCCCAAGGGCAGAGGAGCCAUGGGUUCAGUGCGACCGGUGCAGCGCCUGGGUGCAUCAGGUGUGCGGGCUGUUCAAUCCCCAAGCGAAUGCACAGGACUGUUCGUACUUGUGCCCAAACUGCAGGAUCGCAGACUGGAGCGCCGGGGUCGCCACGCCGCACAAGGGGCCAUCGUUGUCUGCAGCAAGGCUGCCAACUACCCCCUUGAGCGAUGAGAUCGAGCUGCGAGUGAAGUCGCUGCUGGCCAGGGAGCACGCCAUGAGGACGAGGCAGGGCAAUGCACUGGGAGCAGCUGAGGUGCCCAAGGCUCAAGACAUCACUGUGCGGGUCGUGUACAGCAGCCCACGCACCUGCAACACAGGACCGAACUACCAGAGGGCUUUUGGGGGAUCGGGAGUGCAGGCGCAGCUAAUGUACCGGCAGAGAGCGAUUAUGGUGUUUCAGAAGCUGGACGGGGUGGAUGUUCUGCUGUUUGCAAUGUUUGGUCAGGAGUAUGACCAGAAUGCACCUUCGCAGAGCAGGGGCUGGGUCUACCUUGCGUAUGUUGACUCAGUCAAGUACUUCCGGCCAAACACAAAGGCAGCCAUUGGGAACGGAGGUGAGGCGCUGCGGACACUGGUGUACCAUGAAGUGUUGCUGACCUACAUCAAGUACGUGAGAGCGCAGGGCUACCACUCCAUGUACGUUUGGGCAUGCCCGCCCGAAGGGGAGCACAACGACUACAUCAUCAACUGUCGUCCAAGGAGUCAGAAGCUGCCCAGCCAGUCCCAGCUAAGGGAAUGGUACCUGGACCUGGCUCGCAAGGCACAGGACAAUGGAACAGUGACGGAGGUGAUGUCCCUCAGGAAGCUUAUUUCCAUUGCACAGCCGGGCAAGGCUGUUAUGGAGAUCCCGUACUUCGAUGGGGACUAUCUCGCUGAUGAGAUGGAGGUCAUCCUCGCAAAGCUGCUGGCAGGCUCUGGCCAGAAGCACCUGGGUGUCGAUCGCCUGGACCGACAGCUGGUGCAAGUGCUCAAGAACAAGAAGUAUGCCAACGACUGGUCCAACUUCCUGAUCUUCCGUCUGCAGCCAAGGCCUGCUCUCAACGGGAGGGGCCAGCAGACAGGGGCCCCAGCACUCCACCUACCAAGAACCGAUGUGAGGGCCCAGCAGCCAGGGACUGCAUCGCUCGCCAAGAACGCUGCCAAGUCCAGCCCCCACCCAAAGCUGGACUCGCACGAGAUGUCCACAAAGGAGGCACAAGGCGACGGGCCCAAACGAGAGCUCAUCAAGGAGGUGGACAUCCCCUGCAAGAUCCUGGGCACGAAGGACCUCUUCUUGGAGGUGUGCCGGGCGAACCACUACGAAUUUGACAUGCUCAGGAAGGCCAAGCAUUCAACAAUGAUGAUCAUAUUCCACAUGCUGUGCCCAGGCGGCCGGCUGCUGCCACCCGUGUGCCAAGCCUGCCAGGUGGAGCAGCUGGACGAGGCAGGCUGGAAGUGCGGACAGUGCCUCGAGUUCAGGCUGUGCCAGUCAUGCUACUCCAGGGGGCUUCGGCAUGAGCACCCUCUGAGACACUGCGAGCUGCCGGAGCGGCCCAAACGCGUUCGGCAGGAGUCCAAGAGAAGGGCAACCGACAGGGCAGGGCAGCUUCAGCAGAGGUCCAAGAGGCGUAAAAUUGAAGCGAGAUAG